AUGUCCAACUACUUUAUUAUUCAUCUCAGGUUUUAAAGAGAAUCAAAUCUUUAAUUAGUGGUUAAGCAGCAUAUAUUGUACCUGGCGUUUGUUAAAAAGAUGAUGUUAAGAUAUCGAAUAUACCGUACAUUCGAAUAUUUUCUGGGGUUCCAUAAUUACAUUAAUACUAUUCAGCAAAUCAGGUUGAGAAGUAUAAUUUAAUGA